UAUGCAUCCGAAUAUAUAUAAGCAAAGACGAAUAAUUUAAUGUAAGUUAAAUUAAAAUACUUUUUACAGUCGUGAUCUUACGGUUACUUGUUGCUUUUGACAAAUUACACUUCCUUUGACCACUACUAGUAAGCACAAGCACGCACACAAACCGACUUCCUGUGUGACAUUAGUAGGUUCGCGUCAGCGUCUGCAUACCCUCAAUAUGGAAAGAUGCUUAUACUGUCUCUUGGUGUAUCAUAAUUUCUGAGUGGGCAUCAAGGAAGAUUGCCUCCACUAAGUUAAUUGAGGACUUGCGGGAGAAGACGUGACGUCUCGGUAUCCUUUGAGCAAACAGCAGUGACUUUGCGCUGGGAACAGGGUCCUCACACGUGCGAUGUGAAACAUGGACCAUCCAGCGUAUCACGGGCCGAUAAGCAAACAGAGAUGUGAGGAGCUGCUUGGCAAGAAAGGAAAGGACGGAACAUACCUCAUUCGAGACAGUGAGACCAUUCAGGGAGCUCUCUGUCUCUGUGUAUACAAACAAAAAGUGGUCUAUACAUAUAGGAUCCUUCAAACCCACUCUGGAUCCUUCACUUUACAGGCUAGCUCAGGUGUAGAGGAGAAGUUUUUCACAACGCUGAAGGAUCUUAUUCGCCAUUACAAGAAAAAGAAUCAAGGACUUGCAACACACUUACACCGUUCGCUGAAAAGAAAAACACUGCAAGAACAGCCUUUGCGAUGUCCAGAACCACUAGUGCCUGAUGAGGAAAAUGAUUAUGAAAAUGUUGAGUGCACAGGGGACUAUGUUGUUGUUCUGCCAGACUGAUUUAGUCACAAUGUGACGUAUGGACUGGAUAACUGGAUCAGGCAAUACAAAGGAUAUAACUGUGAAAUUCUCAUAAUGUUUCCAAGAACUUUCUGAGCAUUUUCACCUCAGAUAUGGGAAUUGGGCGUGGAAUCGCAUUACAUGAAUCCCAUUUUAGCGUAUGAUUUUGUGCAUGGUAAAUGCGUAAAUCGUGGAUGUGAAUUUCAAUGCAAUUUCAAUGAAACUCAGUGAUAUUGUGGAUUUGAUCAUAAUUAUUUGAGUGAAAAGUUGAAUUGAAAAAUUAACAUGGUUUCCAGAAUGUCUUAAUGUGUGCUACAUUUUGCUUUAAUGAUAAAAGUUUUAAUAUAUAUGAAGGAUUGCACACGGUCAGUGUUACAAAAUCUAGAAAUGGUGCAAAAUAUUAAAUAUUAUUUAUUUCACAACAUUCUAGAAUUUUAGUUUUUGAACUCAAAGUUUCAAUGUAGCCACAGACUUAAGUUAAUUGUAUGUACUUGGCCAAUAAAGUCUUGCUAUUUAGUAUACUGUAAUACUAAUCUGGUUGGGAAAGAAAUAUUAGGUUCAUAUUUUGUGUUUGAUGACCUGCUAAUAGCAGAAGAAAGUAUGGAAGCCCGUUUCUGCCACUAAAUAAAAAAAUAAAAACAGCAAUUGCGAAUUUAUAUCUCACAAUUCUGACUUUAUAUCACACAAUUGCGAAUUUAUAUCUCAGAAUUCUGACUUUAUAACUCGCAAUUGUGAGAAAAAAAUCAGAAUUGUGAGAUAUAAAUUCGCAAUUGCGAGAUUAAAGGUCAGAAUUCUGAUAUAAAAAGUCGCAAUUACUGUUUUUAUUUUUUUAUUUAGUGGUGGAAACGGGCUUCCAUAAGAUUUUUGAUUAUGCAAACGUUUUUUUUUUUUUUGUAAAAAAAAAAAAUCUUGUAAAAAUUUUUGUAAGAUAAACAUCUAACGUUUGUUAGAUGUUUAUCUGUUUAAUAUAUGUACAGGUUAUAAGUAAAAUCUUUAUUUUUGUAAGUCUAUAAUGCUGUGUAAAUGUUUUGUUCCAAAUGAAUGUGCUGUCUUGAGAUUUUUACAUGUAAAUAUAUAUACUAUUUUCUUUACCAAUUAAAAUAGAUAGGCCCACAUAAGAACAGUUUCCACUGCACUGUUCCAUAUAAAGUGUUAACUGAUGUCACAGCCUAAGGUUAAGUUGGUUGGUUGGUGUCUUUUAAUAAAUCAGUUUAAAUAUCUCAA